GAUCUAAAGCGUUGACAUCAGUAACUGCCGAGAAAGCAACGUUUUUUCGUAUAUACUGCUGACAUAAAGAAAGAUAUCUUCGUUAUUUGUUGAAGGUACUAUCAGUCAAAACUAAUUCGAUCGGUUUUGCACUUGCAACAAAAGCAACCCUUUUUAAAGAAAAUUAAUUCUUAAAAAACUUUUAUAUACAUAACGACUUUAUUUGCCAUCGAAUAUAAAUAAUCGAAAACUGGGGCGGUGCACAAUUCUAUAUUUUAAACUGCUGAGAAAGUCGGAAUACAAUCUGUCUGGAUUUGUACUGAACAAAUCCAUUAAGAGUCGACUCUGCCCUGUUUGUCAUUCAUAUCAUUAUUUGAAUAACGAUUUUUAAACCGCAGGAAUGGGAGUGACAGAUGUGCUGGAGAUCGGGAGCUGUGACUUCAUUCAGAUCCUAGCUGCUGACCGGGAUGAGUUCAGCUCCAGCACCGGCACAUUGGUUCUUGACUGCCGACCCUUCCUCUCCUAUUCCCGCGUCCAUGUGAAGGGGUCCCGCAGUGUGAACUGGAACUCGGUGCUGCGGCGCAGGUCAAAGGGUUCGACCGUGAGCCUGGAAUGCCUCUUCCCGGACAGAGCGCUCCUGGCCCGGCUGAGAGGAGGGGAGCUGUCCUCUGUGGUGGUCCUGGACGAGGAGAGCCGAUCGGUCUCCGAUCUCAAAGCUGACAGUCUGGCUUGUAUGCUGCUGAACGCCUUGGCGAGCGAGGUCCAGCCUGAAAAAACGCAAAUCUGCUUCUUGCAAGGCGGGUUCGAAGGUUUUUUUUCCCUGUUUCCAGAGCUGUGUCUCCAGAGCCCGGGUCUGUGCCUCUCUCCCGCCCUCAGUGACCCGGAGCCCGGCCUCACCGGCAGGAAAACACCGCUGUAUGACCAGGACGGUCCCGUGGAGAUCCUGCCCUUCCUCUUCCUCGGCAGCGCGCACCACUCCUCUCGCAGGGAGGUCCUGCAGGCACUCAGCAUCACGGCGGUUCUGAACGUCUCCUCUUCCUGCCCGAAUCUGUUCGAGAGCGAGCUGCGCUACAAGAGCAUUCCGGUGGAGGACAGCCAGGCGGCGGACAUCAGCGCCUGGUUCCCCGCGGCCAUCGACUUCAUCGACUCCGCGAAGAACAGCGGCGGGCGUGUUCUGGUUCACUGCCAAGCCGGUAUCUCCCGCUCAGCCACCAUCUGCCUAGCUUACCUCAUUUGGUCCCGGCGGGUCAGACUGGAAGAAGCCUUCGAUUUCAUCAAGAAGCGCCGCAGCGUGAUCUCUCCGAACUUCGGCUUCAUGGGACAGCUGCUGCAGUUUGAAACCGACGUGCUGUGUCACUGAGCCAGCCCGCGGCGUGAUUUCUCCAAACCUCGGCUUCAUGGGACAGAUAUUGCAGUUUGAAACCGACGUGUUGUGCCACUGAGCCAGCCCGCGGCGUGAUCUCUCCAAACCUCGGCUUCAUGGGACAGAUGCUGCAGUUUGAAACCGACGUGCUGUGCCACUGAGCCAGCCCGCGGCGUGAUCUCUCCAAACCUCGGCUUCAUGGGACAGAUGCUGCAGUUUGAAACCGACGUGCUGUGCCACUGAGCCAGCCCGCGUCGUGCGCAAUGGAACGUCGGCAACGGGCCAUUCAAAGGUGCUAUUGGUGCUGAAGAAAAGCGCAAGACUUGAACAGAGACGGUGCGGUUGAAACGGUGGUGCGUCUCCUUGCACGAACUGAAUUUUAAACCUGAAGUUUACAAGAAAAAAAAAUGGUUCACUAUGAUUUAGUUUAUUUCUAAAAUUAAUAAUACUAUUCAUAUUCAAUAUGCAACUGGAAUACGAGACUAAAAGAAAUCUUUGUAAUCGCGGUGUGCCUGAACCUUUUCAAAACUGAUAUUUUUUAUGUUAAAUUGUGAUGCAAAAAACACACACAUGCUAGCAAUGGUUACAUGGAUGCUACAAUUAACACCCAACACGAAUUCAUCAAAACUGCCUGCGGAAAAAAAAAAAAAAAAAAAAAAAAAAAAAAAAGACUACAUGUUUUAAAUAUGCCUUUAAAUGCAAUUUUUGAAAUGGCUUCAGAAUUGUUUAAUUUUUUGCGGUCAUUGUCUGCAAAAUUGUUUGUUUACAGCGUGCUCGCAGUUUCCUUAUGAAAAAACAUAUUCCUCACGCAAAGUGCA